GUACGUUAACAACAUGGCUGCUCCCUUGAUGGUACGUUUAUCCUUCGCUUUUCACGUUGCUGACGCUAAUAAAUACUAAACCAGUAUUUUGCAUUAGUGUAGCCUAUAUUGUCAAAUUGAAUGUAAUCUCUGAGUUUAGCGUCCAAAAUACGCACGCUAUAGCACAAAAAGUGGAGGGAUCACAUCACGAAAUACAAAUAGCAAGGCCGGCUGCCUUGGACAAACAGCAUGCACACAACCAAACGCUCCGGCUCAACACAUGGCAUAUAGCUAACUAGGUAAAAUGUCUUCUCACCUCUGCCUGCUCAAAUUCCUACCUGUCACAUUUUUCUAGAUUAUCAAUCAAAUAGAUGUGAUGUCUAAUCAUAUACUAAUCAAUGAUUUGUUGGAGUGCAAAAGUCUACACAUACAUGGGGCCCUCCAGGAACAGUAGUGAUGAACUGGUCUAUGAAGUCAAAAUCCAAAUAAUGCAACAUCACACAUGGACGAGAGUGGAGGUGCAAACUAAAGCACUCAUCUCACCACUCUUGGGUUUAUAUUUACAGCAUAUUAGCAUGGCUAGUAGAUUUCCUCUCCUUUGCAUUGUGCAUUUCUCUCCUUUCUCACUGUCCAUGUUCUGUGUAUCUGUCUAUCUGUUGAUGCAGCUAAGCUGUAGGCAGGUGACCCUCUUGGUCGCCACGUCUUGUUACUGGAGCUCUAUCCCUGUGGCUCAGCCCUCACUACAAGCCAGGCUCCUCCUCUUCCUGAGCCAGUGUUUACAUGACAUUGAGCUAUCCUCAGCUGGAGCUCCUGGUUCUAGAACUGAGGUCUACGACAGAAGAAUUUGUAUGUGUAACAGGAAAACACACAGAUUAUUCUAACUACAUGCAUUUCUAUCUGCACACCACGGUCUAAAAUGAAUGUGUAUGUUAUCAUCCGGUCCCAAAUCGUUCCCUAUCCUUCCCCCUUGGCCCUUACCCUUCAAUGCACGAUCUAUAAGGCGUUAGUAAGCAAAAUGGUGGACGCUCCAACACUACACUGCUUAUGCUAUCCAGACCCUUUAGAUCUGCAUGCAAUGAAGUGUUAGGGCUAAAGCGAAUGUGUAGGGAGCGAAUUGGAACCGGGUGUCCCAACUCCAUAAACAUUGUGCUCAGCCCAACCCCUGUCUCUUUCCCCUCACAGUUUCUAUGGCUACACCCAGCAGAACUGUGGGGACAACGUUGCAGCUGGUUAUUAUAUCCUUAGCCUGAAGGGAGGAUUCAGGUUUGCAGGGCAGUCGGGAGUGGUUCCAAUGAGACAGAAGAGAACCACUGGGAUACCUCCAUAGAGGAAGUGGAUGUCAGCAACACACUCAUUAACUACACAGGCCUGGAAAACCUGGCGGGAGCUGCGUACUCUCUCUGUGAGUGGCUGCGCUGAGGUGGAUCACUGGUUCCUGUCCCGCCUACAUAUCUUCCAGGACACCGUGGAGGAGCUGGACAUUUCCAACUAUCCCUGAAUCUCUGUGGUGGGCCUGGCCGCACUGCAGAAGCUGAAGUACUCACCCACACUGGAGGGAAUGACAAAGACAGAGGCUUUUUUUAUCAAUUUGUCUUUUCUCGGUUACUCACGUCCUAUCUCCUUGCUUCGUUCUUAAAAUGUAUUGGAGGAAAAAAAUACAAUGUCCCUCCCUUUGGACAUUCUCCUCCAAUGCGUUUUGAGAAGAAGCUGAGAAGAGAGGACACAAGGAAUCAAGGGAAGAUUAAUUGAGAAAGAGACAGAAUUACUCAAAUGUCCAUGCAUCUCCUCAUGGCACUUGCCUUAGAUAUAUUUGCAUAUGUGUAUGUAUAGGGGUCAAUGGACUCCUUAACUUCACUAAUUGACACAAACAUCCCUUCUCUUCCUCUUGUGUAUCAGGGGUCUGUGACGGCUGGACGUGUCCUCCCUCCCCAGGCUCCAGAACCCUGGGCUGGUCGCCAUCCUGCUGGAGGAGAUGCUUCCUCACUGCCAUGUUACUGCUGUUGGGAACUUCUAACAGAGAAGAGGUCGAGGACAACACCCCCGAACCAGAGGAGCAGUCAGACAAUAGCAGUGACGACGGCGAGGCAUCAGGGGACACAGAGAUGGAUUUCCUGCGCAAUCUCUUCUCUAAAACCUUGGGCAUAUCUGGAGAGAAGGUUUUGGAUGAGUUGACUCUUGAGGGGGUGGCCAGUUACAUACAGAGUGGCAAAUGCAAAAACAUAAUCUGUAUGGUGGGGGCAGGGAUCUCUACAUCGGCUGGGAUCCCUGACUUCCGCUCCCCAGACACGGGGCUCUAUGCCAACCUGCAGAAGUACAACCUGCCCUACCCUGAGGCCAUCUUCCAGAUAGACUACUUUAAGAAACACCCUGAGCCUUUCUUUGCCCUGGCCAGGGAGCUGUAUCCAGGACAGUUUAAGCCCACAGUAUGUCACUACUUCAUCAAGUUGCUGAAGGACAGGGGGCUACUCAAACGCUGCUACUCACAGAAUAUUGACACCCUGGAGCGUGUGGCAGGACUGGAGGGAGAGGACCUGAUUGAAGCCCAUGGCACCUUCUACACCUCACACUGUGUCAGCUUUAUGUGCCGCAAAGAGUACGACUUGGACUGGAUGAAAGAGAAAAUCUUCUCUGAUGACAUCCCAAAAUGUGACAAGUGCAGCAAUCUGGUUAAACCAGAUAUUGUUUUCUUUGGUGAGAAUCUACCAAAGAGGUUCUUCACCUCAAUGGCCAUGGACUUUCCUCGCUGUGAUCUGCUGAUUAUAAUGGGGACCUCCCUGCAGGUUCAGCCCUUUGCUGCUCUGGUUGGCAGGGUUUCAAACAGCUGCCCCAGACUGCUCAUUAACCUGGAGAAAGCAGGCGGUGCAGAUCCUCUGUUAGGGAUGAUAGGCAUUGGCGGAGGGAUGGACUUUGACUCAGAGAAAGCAUACAGGGACGUGGCUCAUAUUAGUACAUGUGAUGAUGGAUGCUUGGCACUUGCUGACCUACUGGGCUGGAAGGCGGAGCUGGAAGAGAUGGUGAAACGGGAGCAUGAGAAGAUUAACAGCAAAGCCAAGGAGGAACAGGCCAAUCAGAGCUCUGGAGCUGCUGGGAAGGCGGAGUCAGGGAAGGCGGAGUCAGGGAAGGCGGAGGCAGGGAAGACUAAGAUAGAAUAACCAAUGAGACCGGCCGGCUCCAACCCAUCACUCUAGGCUUCAGUCUGGAAGCAGAGUUGCAUACAGUAACCAAGACUGUGCUCUUCAGUCUGUUUAACCAAGACUGUGCUCUACAGUCUGUUUUGGAUUUUCUUCCUUUAGUUUGCACUUUACUAACUUCUCUCUCCUCUCCAACCUAUGUUUGACAUAAACCCACCUCCUGACUCCUACUGUGUGUAUUGAUCUGUCUUUUGACAGUUCCCACAAAUGGAGUUUAUAGCAAUACACACUAAAACAAGCAUACUUUUCCUUCUGUGGGAGAGAACUACAGACACUGUGCUGUCAGCUUGCCAACUAGCUCUGUUGAGUCAAUUAGUUGAUGAAUAUAGACGUGACAAAGUAUAGAAGACAUGGCAGGGUAGCAAAGAUGAUGAAUGGCUGAUUCAUCCACUGAUGCAGUGACACAACUACUGUAAAUAGAAGGAAAAAUAUAUAUUAUACAAUUUUAUGUCAAUUACUAUUUAGAAUCGAUUAUAAUUAUGGAUUUGUUUUUCAUGACAUUGGUUUCUGUGCUCCUUGUUUCUAUGAAUUGUUUUAAUAUAAUUAUUUUUAACAAUGUGUUUUAAUCUAUUAAGCGUACCUGUGACAUUUGGUUUCUUUACUUCCUGUGGAUGUUGGCGUUGGGCGGUUUCUAUUUCAGCACGAAUUAUGCAGCAGGAAGUUGCUACAGUGGUGUGACAUGAUGUCGCAGUACAUCUGUGGUGUUGACCAAAUGCAGCUCCAUGCUUUCUAAAAGAUUGCGUGUGAUACUACAAGUAAAAACACAAAAUAAAGUGGCAAAGUCUCCCACUGAAGUUGGUAUUUUUCAUGCACAUACAGUAAGCAUUGAGCUCAAACACAGCUCAUACAACUGAUGUUGAUUAGUACAACUGAUGUUCUCUGUGUUGGGUGCAUGGGUUGUUUAUUUCUAUGUUGAAUGUAUUGUAGCCAUGAGUUGAACAGAAAAUACUAUUGCACACUUACAGUACAAUUAAAAGCCCACCUUUUAUUCUCAUGCA